CAUAUAAAAAUUGAACAGUAUAUAAAAAAAUCGAAAGCUUAUGCCUUUGGCUUGCUGCGAAUACUUCGUUGACAAGAGAGAGGGUUUAAAUUAAAAUAAGUGAGAGGAAAUUGAGUCGUUAUUUCAUCCUUACUAAUUUGUUAGUUUAACUAUAAUCAAAUGGAUUUAGGGGAACUGUGGGCGAUCUUUGGCCCUGGCGUCGCGGGCGCUGUGUUCGGUACCGGCUGGUGGUUUUGGGUUGACGCCGUCGUUUGUAGCUCCGUCAAUGUCUCUUUCGUCCACUAUCUACCUGGAAUAUUUGCAUCUUUAGCGGCUGUGAUGUUCAAUUGUGUUAAAAAAGACGACAUUGAUUACUCUCCUUAUGACGAUGGCGAAUGGAGGUUGAAGCUCUGGCUUUUCGUUGCUUAUGUGGUAUCCUUUGUUUCAUUGGCUGCUUCAGUAGGCUUAUUGAUACAAGAUUCUCUGGUGAAAUCUGGUCCUUCAGUGUGGACCGGUACUGCAGGUGUCUUACAGUGCGUGUUUGUCUUAAUAAGUGGGUUGAUAUAUUGGACUUCUCAUUCUGAAUAAUAUAAAUCCCUCAAAUCUGGCGCCUAGACUUGGGAACCUGGAAGUUGGAACCACGAGUAAGGCAACACCCCGUGCAUGUAUCAACUCAACUGGUACUUAAAUUGGAAAGAAAGCUAUUCACGUUUGUAAAUCUUGUAUUGUAUUGUGUUGUGGUACUGCUCUUUUGAAAUUUGUGAUGUCGAUUUAGUCUAAUUUCAGUUACCUGCCCAGUGCCCAUUGACAGCA